AUGUCGUCAGGUUCCAAUGGCGCCCGGCGCGUAGCCUCCUUGUUACGCCCGUCAAGGCUCGACUCCAAUGUGUGCAGAAGCUGUCAAGAAACCAUCGGCCGCCGCAACUAUGCUUCUGCUGCGGCUGCGACGCAGUCAACGACGGCUGCCCCCGAUACCACUUUCCCCGUCGUGAAGCCCGUCUACACCAUCAACGCCGGUGUUGUCCUUUCGCGUCCGCCCCAGAUCACCCGCGACCUCGAGCCAUUCGAAAAAGCCUACCAUUUCUACCAAAAGCGUCUGAACGAGCGUCUGGCGCUGCCUUUCACCAAAUACUUUUAUUUCAAGCGUGGGACUCCCGCCGACGUCGACUGGAAAAAGAAGAUCGCCGAACGCCGGACCCCGGCACGCGAUAUCGGCAACUACAACGCGUACGCCAGCGACGCUUGGAAUGAUGAACUUCUCAUGGGAUCUAAGGAGUCCGACCCGGAGUACCAGGUGGAGAAGCUUGUUGAAGAUGCUGAGUCCACAGCCAACGCCACCUCCCAAGAUACCAGCAAGAAGGAAGAGAUCCCGCGACCAUUUCCGCGAGUGACGGAGGCCGACAAGAAGGGCGACCUCAAGAGUCUGAACCGGCUGCUCCCCCAAACUCUCUACCUUCUUGUUCAGUCCAAGGAGGGAUAUUGGAAGUUCCCCAGCUCUCCCGUAGCGGGCGAGGAGACCCUCCGUGAGGCCGCUGAGCGUACCCUCGCCGAAUCCGCUGGAGUCAACAUGAACACCUGGAUGGUCGGCUACCACCCCGCCGGACACCACGUCUACAAAAACCGCAAGCCCCACAUCGACCAGGCGACCGGCGCCGAGACUCACGGCGAGAAGACCUUCUUCAUGAAGGCCCGCAUCAUGACCGGUCAAGCCGAUUUGUCCUCCAACGUCCAAAACCUCAAGGACUUCAAGUGGUUGUCCAAAGACGAGAUCGCGAAGCACGUACUCCCGCAAUACUACAGCUACGUCAAGAACAUGCUUGCCGAUCGGUAA